AUUUCAAUCAAUAGUUACACUUCCAAACAAAAUUGUUUUGUAUAUUAAAAUAGCAAUGAAAGUACCGAAAAUUCCCGAUUGGGUUUCCUCUCUGUCCUUGAACCAGGCCGUCCAAUCCGUCCUGGAAGAUGGGGUGAUUACGUCCGUCAUGCCAAGCGUUCAUCUUAUCCAGUUUCGCAACUGCACUGUGCUCCUGCCAAUCCAGGUGAAAGUCCAACUACCGGACUACACGAUGAAGAAAUUGUUCUUUCUACUGAAGGCACAACAUGGCAGCGACAUUCAAGCCAUGGUGAUGAACCAGUUGAAGAUGUUCCAACGGGAACAUCAGGUUUACCACAAUGUCCUGCCCAAGCUCGAGGAACUCUACAGAGAGGUGGGCAAGAAGGUGUCCUUUGGUCCGAGGGCCUUUAGGCUGGACUACAGCAUCGGUGUCCAGUACGUCCUGCUGGAGGAUCUCAAGUCCAAGGCCUACAAAAACGUUGAACGGCAGGCUGGCUUCAACAAAUUGUGCCUGAAGCAGGUGCUCAAGAAACUGGCCCAGUUCCAUGCCGCCUCCGCCGUGUGUGUGGAAAAGCAUGGCCCGUUUAGCAAUCUUCUGGUCAACGGAGUCUACACAAAGGCCAACGAAUCUGUGCUCCAGGAGCUGAACGAUCCGGAGAUCUUCCUUUCUCAGUUGCGUCGCUGGCGUUUGGGCGAUCAUUUCCACAAACGGUUCGUGGAAAAGGAGAAGGACCUCGUCGAUGGGCUGUUAAAGCUCCAUUCACCCGACUCCAAUGAAUUUAAUGUCCUGAAUCAUAGCGACUGCUGGGUGAACAACGUUAUGUUCAAGUUUGAUGACUCCGGCCAUGUGGAGGACACCGCCCUGCUCGAUUACCAGUUGGUCAAAUAUGGAUCUCCUGUCAUUGAUUUGUACUACACCAUCUUGUCGUCCGCUGAAAAGGACAUUAAACUAGCUCAGUUUGACAAUAUGGUUCAGUACUACUUCUACCAUUUGCUGGAUAACCUCAAAGCUCUUCAUUUCCGAGGCAGUCUACCGCAGUUGCAGCAUAUUCGAGAUGCCCUAAACAAGAACGGACUGGCUGCCUAUGUGGUGGUCACUCGAGCCCUGCCCAUAACCAUGAUGAAUCAGUUCGAGGACGAGGUAAACGAACGAUAUGCCUCCAAAAUGAAGUGCGCCAUGUUCACCAGCCGGAAAUACAUCCAGGCGAUGAAGGAUAUCCUGCCCUGGAUGGAGGAGCGCUCCCUGCUGAAUUAGGCAUGAAUUAAUGUUUCGCAUGAUGAAAUCUCAACCAUUUAAUGAAUGAAGGAGUUAUUCAUAGACUGCCAAUUGAUUCAGGUACAAUGUUAAUAAACUUGAUUAGGCGCCUUA